AUGAAGAAUCAACUACUCGCUGCCACUUUACUUGUUGCUGCUACAACUGCAAUCCAAGUCAGUCAAGUGCUCUAGAAGCAAAGAGCAGAAACAUAAGCACAGUGGAGACAAGAAGCAACAAACAAAUUCUCCUGGAAUGCCACUCAAGAAUUGAAGUGGUCUGUGGUCAAUUCGUUCAUUGAUGUUUAGACAUCUCCUGAUGGUGAUGUUUAUGCCAUCUAGAGCAUUAAAGGAGAUAUGAAAGAUAUCGUUUGUGGACUUGUUGACUUUGAGGUCACUGUAAACAAGGAAAUCAUCGGACUUAGUGAUGGUUCUCUUCCCGAAGAUACACUAUCAGGUAAUUAUCGUGAGAAAAUGACCACCACCACUCUAUAAUAAUACAAAUAUAAGGCUCUUAGAGGAUAGAAGGGCAUUACAUUACUUAAGGAUGAGCCCAUUUUAAUUAAUAGCAAUGGAGAGGUUGAUACAAGAUUUGGAGGUGAAAAAUUAAUUUCUAUCAGUGCUGGUAUCGACGGAUCCCUUUGGGCCUUACUCGAUGAAGGUCAGCCAAGUGGAGCAGAUUACACUCUAGUUAAAUGGUAGACAGUUGCUCAAAAAUGGUACAAGGUCGAGGGUGCUACUGGAAUCAACCUCUCAGCCUACAAUGAAAUCUCAGUUGCUCUUGUGAACAAAGCGGGUCUCCUGAGUCUCUCAUCUCAAGCUAAUCAACAGAAACCAGUUAGUUACACUGGAUGA